AUGCUCGCUAAGAUUGUGAAACUGAACAAUGGGCUUACGAUUCCAUUUAUGGGAUUGGGAACUUGGGAACUGACAAACGCCGCCGAGGUUGUCAAGGAAGCCUUGAAGGCUGGAUAUCGGUGUAUCGAUACUGCAGUUCUGUACGGCAACGAGCGGAGUUGCGCCGAGGGAAUCAAGCAAUGGAUUAGCGAGGACCCGGCCAACAACAGGAGACAGGAUGUUUACUACAUCACCAAGCUCUGGACCAACCAGAUGGGCUACGAAAAAGCUAAAAAGGCAAUUGCGGAGUGUCUCGACCGAAUCCAGGGACUUGAAUAUAUCGACUUGCUUCUUAUCCAUGCACCAACCCCAGGUAAGCAAAUGAGAUUGGAGACCUACAAGGCCAUUCAGGAGGCCGUUGAUGCUGGCGUUGUCAAGUCUAUUGGUGUCUCGAACUACGGUAUUGCCCAUGUUAAGGAGCUCUUAUCUUGGCCAGGCUUGAAGCAUAAGCCUGUUGCCAACGAGAUUGAGGUUUCUCCAUGGUGCAUGAGACAAGAAUUGUGUGACUACUGUCUUUCUCAAGACAUUCAGGUGAUUGCCUUUGCUCCAUUCUCUCAUGCUAAUCGUAUCAACGAUCCAGAUGCGGUAAGUAUUGCCGAGAAAAAAGGAGUUACUCCGGCCCAAGUUCUUAUCAGAUGGUCUGUCCAAAAGGGGUACAUUCCUAUCCCGAAGACCAAGACUUUGAGUAGGCUGCCUACCAAUCUGGACGUGCUGUCGUUCGAGUUGUCCAAGGAGGAAUUGGCCCAAUUGGACCACCCGGACGUUCACGAUCCCUCCGACUGGGAAGUUACCACCUGCCCAUGA